AUAACCCCAACUAACAGAGAAAGGUCCAAGACGACCAAGACUACUUCCGAUCUGAUCUUGAACCCAAAUUCACAAAUAGCCCUUAAAUAUCCAUUGACAAGGAAGGCGGUGAUGCAGGAAAACAAGCUUUCCCAUUUAAUUUUGGUCACGCAAAUAUCACUGUUCUUCUUCGUGUUCUUGUUCUUGAUCCCAUCUAUGGCGGAUAAUCUAUCUUCAUCUAAGGCUGAAGUUCACAUAGUUUACACCGAAAGGGUUUCUGAAGGCCAGGAGCCGGAGGCGUAUCAUAUCAAAACUCUCGCCUCUGUUGUUGGCAGUGAGGAUGCUGCAAAGCGUGCUUUGUUGUAUAUCUAUGAGCAUGCUGCAAGUGGGUUCUCUGCUACACUGACUGCCGAGCAGGUUGAUGAGAUCUCAAAACAACCGGGCGUUCUUCAGGUCGUCAAAAGUCAAACUAUUCAGCUGCAUUCUGGACCUUGAAAGAGGCAAGUUCGAAGUGAAUAGUAAUGAUGUCUUGUCGCCAUAUGUUGUUCCAGUUUUACUUAAUGAAUGCGCCUCUUAUGUAAUAUUAGAUCUAAGAGCAUCUUUAGUAAGAGCUUUUGUGGAGGUUUACAAACCCCAACUCCAAGGUUUUACUGUUAAACUUCAUAGGUUUAAGGUUUAUAAAUUUAUAACAGGUUUGCAAAUGUAAACCUCUCUCAAACCUUAUUAAACAAUAAUAUAUAUUCAAAGUGGAUGACCCACUUACUUUUCUUCUCUA